UCCAGGAUUACAACGACGACAUACGGCAGGAACAGAUGUUGGAGAUGCAGAUCCUGUCCUCACAGACUGAGCAGAGGAGGCUGACUCCUCCGGACUCCUCCAGGAGCGGCAGCGAGGAGACGCUGCCUCUCAGAGAUACCACACACAAGCAGAGGCUGUCAGGAGUGCAGCCGUCCCCGGCGCCGGCUGCGCUGCCGGGUGGUAUCGCCAUCAGCCACGGCGCCAGCGCCAGGGAUUUCUCGCCACCAGCGCCGACCCCGGCACCGGAUCACUUGUCUGCUGCCCAUCAUCAGCUGGCAGCAAGCCACACCGGGCACGGCGUGCUGGUCGGCGGCGGAGUCUUGCAACAGCCUCCCACGCACCACCUGCUAACACAGAACUCCAUACUUGGUGCGGUCGGGCCGGCGAGCACGGCCAGGAAGCGGCCCCUGCUUGGCGGCACUCGGGCGGCCAUGUCACCGACUAAGCGGGCCGUGAUGACCCUGCUCGCUCGCGCCAGGGCUGCCACCCACAAACACGCUCCCACGUGGCCCGCGACUCACGAGCACACAGGCCUUCUUCCACUUAUAAGGGACGAAUUCGUGGCUGGCAUGGGCGUCAAUAUCAACCUAGCAUAAUUAUCUAGAAAACAAUGACCAGAGGUCCUGCCCCUACCUUUUUACGUAAGACUAAAGCCGUUGUAGAAGCGAGAGAGCACGCUCUCGGCGUAGAGCCGCGUCUCUGUCCCACAAGUCUUAAUUUAAAAUGCGUUAGGACCUCGAGUCUGUAUCCUAGUCAAAUGAAUCGAUCGAAUUAAUUUAAGUAUUAUUUUAAGUGUUAUUUCGUACCUGCUUUAAUUUAUUUGUAAAGAAAUUUCUCGAAGUUAUUGUGGAACUAGCUGGAUAUUCGAUCAAGUGUCAACGUCUAAAACGAUAAAUUAUUAUAUAAACCGCAAUAUCUACUUUAGAACA